GAUGCCUCUGUCUGACAGACUGUCUUGAUGCAUGAAGGCCAGUGGCCACAAACGUGCAACAUCUCUUCAGGUGACGCAGGUCUUGAACGGCCUAUGAACUGACGUCUGUGGACCUCAGCUCAGCUGUUGAGAAUCAGAUUUAGGAUUUCUGCCCUCUGCCAGGACGGUGAUAUAUGGACUUGUACAUGAUGAAUUGUGAGCUUCUGGCGACGUGCAGUGCCCUCGGGUACCUGGAGGGAGACACUUACCACCGUGAACCUGACUGUCUAGAGAGUGUGAAGGACCUGAUCCGGUACCUGCGGCACGAGGACGACACGCGCGACAUCCGGCAGCAGCUGGGGGCGGGACAGAUCCUGCAGAACGACCUGCUGCCCAUCAUCACCCAGCACAGCCAGGACAAGCCCCUGUUUGACGCCUGCAUCCGGCUUAUGGUCAACCUCACCCAGCCUGCACUGCUCUGCUUUGGGAAGGUCCCAGAUGACCCCUCUUUCCGACAUCACUUCCUGCAGGUUGUGUCCUACCUGCAGGCUUACAAGGAGGCAUUUGCCAAUGAGAAGGUGUUUGGUGUGCUGAGUGAGACACUCUACAACCUACUGCAGCUGGACUGGGAGCAGAGGCAGGAGGAGGAUAAUCUACUGAUCGAGAGGAUCCUGCUGCUGGUGAGGAAUGUGCUGCAUGUCCCUGCUGAUCCUUACGAGGAGAAGAAUGUGGACGACGAUGCCAGUGUUCAUGACAAGCUGCUGUGGGCCAUCCACAUGAGCGGCUUGGAUGACCUGCUGAAGUUCCUGGCCAGUGCUCAGAGCGAGCAGCGCUGGAGCCUGCACGUGCUGGAGGUCAUCUCCCUCAUGUUCAGGGACCAGACCCCAGAGCUGCUGGUGAGCGCGGGUCAGACUCGCUCUGCAGAGGAGAAGCAGAGAGAUGCCCAGGAGCUGGAGGCUCUGAGGCAGAAAGAGCAGGCGGAGAAGAGGAGCCGCACUCUGCAGAGGGGAACCAGGCAUUCUAGGUUUGGCGGCUCAUAUGUGGUGCAAGGGCUGAAGUCCAUCGGGGACAAGGACGUGAUUUACCACCGGGGCCUCCACAACUUUAAGAACUACACCCAUGACGUGGGUAAGGAGGUGCGUCGGAUCCCGAAGCGGCAGCUCCACGUAUGCGACCCCGAGGGCCAGCGCCGCUCUGCCCUCAACGUGCGCCUCUUCCUGCGCGAGUUCUGCAUCGACUUCCUGGAGAACUGCUACAACCGACUCAUGUACCAGGUCAAGGAGGGACUGAUGCGGGAGCAGGCACAGCAGCAUGAUGAAACCUACUACCUCUGGGCGCUGAGCUUCUUCAUGGCCUUCAACCGGGGCCACAACUUCCGCACGGACCUCGUCUCUGAGACCAUGUCCAUCCGCACCUUCCACUUCAUGGAGCGCAACAUCACCAACUACUACGAGAUGAUGCUGACAGACCGCAAAGAGGCCACAUCCUGGUCCCGCAGGAUGCACCUGGCCCUUAAGGCCUACCGGGAGCUGCUGCUGACUGUGAACGAGAUGGACCGGUCACGAAACGAGAACAUCCGUCAGAGCGCCAACGUCAUUAAGAGCAACAUCUUCUACCUGAUGGAGUACCGCGAGAUCUUCCUCACGCUGUUGCGCAAGUUUGAUGAGACCAAGCAGCCGCGCUCCUUCCUGCGCGACCUGGUCGAGUCCACACACCUCUUCCUGCGCAUGCUGGAGCGCUUCUGCAACGGCCGCAACAACCUGGUGGUGCAGAAGAAGAGGGUGAAGCGCAGGAAGCGGGGGCAGAAGCCACGCCCACAGGUGGAGAACACUCCUGAGGUGCUGGAGGAGACCUGGUGGGUGGUGUCCGAGGAGCUGAGGGCAGCGGGGUUCCAGUUGUCGGAGUCUCUGAUGGAAGGAGCUGUGCCGUUUGAUGCCGCCUCUGAGACGCCACCGGAAGAGCAGCGUGCAGAGGCCAUGGUGCGGGUGCAGGAUGCUCUGCUGUCCAAGCGGGGGCCGGAGGCACUGGGUCUGCUCCGCGUGGCCAGGGAGGUGUGGCCAGAGGGGGAUGUCUUUGGGUCAGCUGAUGUGGGGCCAGAGGAGGAGCUACAGCUACUGAAGCAGAUCCUGUUUGCCAACCUGCCCACUCAGACCGGUCUGCUGUAUGAAGAUGAGGAGGGUGGGCUGGAGAGGCUGGAGGAAGAAGAGGAGUUGGAGUCGGUUCACGUGUCUGAGACAGAGUUCAACUUCCUGGACUACGUCAAACGGUUUGCCAGCCCCAACAUUGUGCGGCCGUACCUGCUGCUGCUGAAGUCCUACUCGCAGAACAGCAGCCACACCAACCACUGCAUCGCGCGCAUGCUGCACCGCCUGGCUGUGGACCUCAAGAUGGAGGCCCUGCUCUUCCAGCUCUCCGUCUUCUCCCUCUUCAACAAGAUCUUGGAGGACCCUGCGGCUGUCGUGUAUAAGGAGCUGGUGACUUUUGCCAAGUUUGUGCUGAGCCGCUUCUUUGCCCUUGCGGCACGGAACAACAAGGUGUACGUUGAGCUGCUGUUCUGGAAGAACGUGGGGGCGGUGCGCGAGAUGACCGAGGGUUAUAGUAAGCCCGGAGAGGGGAACAAAGGGGGAGCUAAGAAAGCGAAGUGGACGCCAGAGGAAGAGGAGGAGCUCCGCCGGAUUUACGCAGAACACCGUGACUCUGGAGUACCAGACAUCGUGGAGACAAUACUGCUGUUGCUCAGCAACAGCUCUCGGACGCGGCGGCAGGUGGUCACUCAGAUGGUUGCCAUGGGACUGGUAGACAGUGUAAAGGAUCUGAAGAAAGAGAGGAAGGGAACGCGCAUCGUCCUUUGGACAGAACAGCAGGAGCUUGAGCUGGAAACGCUGUUUGAUGAAUACAAGAACACAGAUGACGUAUUGGGGAACAUCCUGAAGAGGCUGACAGCACGGCGGUCCCGGGCACGAGUGGUGGACAAGCUGCUGAGCAUGGGGCUGGUGACUGACAGGAGGGAGCUGUACAAGAAGAGACGUCGCAACGCCCUUACCAAAUCCACUGGCAUGACUGAAGAGGAAUUCUUCUCCAACAUGGUGGGUGGGCAGCAGCAAGAGCCCUCGGAUGAAGAGGAGGAAGAAGAGGAGGAGGAAGAGGACUCUGAGGAGAGCAAGGAUGAAGGAGAGCAGGAGAGGCCAAAACCGCGGGGUAAAGAGAAGGGAAGCAGCACCAGGGAAAGCGCAGGGGAGAGAAACGCCACUGUGGGAGCCAUGGUGCAGGCCCUGCGACAAAAAGGAAUGUCAGGACCUCUGCUGUGGCUACAGAACUGCCUGAAUAGAGCAGCAGAUGAUCGUGAAGAAGAAGGUGUGUCCCAGGCAGUGCCGCUGGUCCCACUGACAGAGGAGAACGAGGAUGCCAUGGAGGUGAACGCCUUCCAGAAGCUUCUGUGCAAACUGGGGGUGCGAGCGCCUGCCAAUGAGCAGGAAUCUUUCUGGAGAAUCCCAGCCAAGCUGACCCCAGCACAGCUACGGGCAGCAGCCACCUCUGUGUCGCUGAGCCAUGAGGGGGGCGCCCAAGAAGGCACAGCUGAGGACCAGCAGGGGGUUUCAGACAACCCAGAGCAGAGGGCACAGGCUCUCCGGGCACUACUGCUGGCCCGCAAGAGGAAACGCCCGGCGGCUGGAGCCAACGAAGAGCGCUCGGCUGGGGAAGAUCUUGCUUCUGACAGCAAAAUGCCAGAAGCUCAGGAGGAGAGUAAGACAUCGGCCAAGCGAAGCCGAGUGCUGGACAGUGGUGAGGAGAGAGAGGAAGACUCCAUGCAGAGUCAUGGGGGUGAUGUGAACCCUGAUUCGGACGAUGAGUCGCAGUUUGUUCCUGCGAAGCGCAGACGGCAGAGGGCACUCAUCGAUGAAGAUGAAGAGGAAGACUAGGGCACCGUCCCCUGCUGGGGGCAGAAUUUUAACUGGAGGAACCAGAACUCUGGGAGAAAAGAUACACACACCAUCAACCUGAGAGUUGCUCCCCAUCCGUCCUCCAGCGGACAGCCCAAAGGGGACAGGGGGAAUUAAGGGCUAUGUGGGGACUCCAGAUCAGUCUCAGCUUCUCACUCAUAGCAGAGAGGCUGAUCCUGGAUGAGGGGGCCAGAGGCAUCUGUAGGAGCACAACAGACAGAUGCUGAGAUGAGCCAGAACUGGCCGAUGGCAGCAGAUUGUAGGCAGGUCUGUUUAGAUUCAUUAGCAUUUAUGUUUUUUUGUUGUUUGGUCUGAUUUUUAUCUUCUAUGUAAAAAUAAUACGAUGUUGUUUUCUUGUUUUGUGCUGCAAACCACCUCUGGGUGGCCCUGAAUUCAUAGUUGAUAGUAUGAAUGGCAUUAAUAAA